UGAUGGCGAUGGCGAUGAUGACGACGUUGACGAGGUGGUGGCACUGACGCGGUGUCCCCGCCGCACGCAGGAACAGCCUGGGCCCCGUGAAGGAGGGCGAGGCGCAGCACGCCGUGGUGCACUGCACGGGCUACAUCAAGGCCUGGCCGCCCGCCGGCAUGACCAUGACGGAGGAGGACUCGGAGGCGUCGCAAGGGAGCAAGUACUGCCUGGUCGCCAUCGGCCGCCUCCAGGUGACGAGCUCACCAAACUGCGGGGACAUGGCGGCCAGCUCGCUGCCCUCCGAGUUCAUCUCCCGCCACAACAUCGACGGCGCCUUCACCUUCGUGGACCACCGCUGCUCCGGGGUGCUGGGGUACCAGCCGCAGGAGCUGCUCGGCAAGGAUCCCGUCGGAUUCUGCCACCCGGAGGAUCAGAGCCACGUGCGCGACAGCUUCCAGCAGGUGCUGAAGCUCAAGGGGCAGGUGCUGUCGGUGAUGUUCCGCUUCCGCAGCAAGGGCCGCGAGUGGGUCUGGCUGCGCACGAGCAGCUUCACAUUCCAGAACCCCUACUCCGACGAGGUGGAGUACAUCGUGUGCACCAACACCAACGUCAACCGCCAGCUGCAGCAAGGGGGAGGAACGGCCGAGUUGGAGUCGGGGCCGGGGCGCGACGGCCUGGGCUUCGAGCACUCACAGGUGGCGGGCGGCGUGGCUGAGCACAGCAAGAUACUGGACAAGAGCGAGGGGCUGUUUGGGCCGGAGCGAGACCCUCACUUCACGGAGGUGUACAGUGGCCUGGCGUCCGACCAGAAGCUCGGCUCCAAGAGCGGACUCGUGUCGCCGUCGGCCGCGGCGGGGCAGACCAUCUUCCAGCAGGGGGGCACGGCCAGCUUCCCCCGUGCAGGGCAGCCGUACAGCCCGAGCCUGGCGCUGGUGCAGGCGCCAUCGGCCGGGCAGAUCUUGGCCCAGAUGUCACGGCAGACGUCGGCGUCCGGGGCCAGCCAAGCAUCCGCCACCACCACCUGGCCCGGCAAGGCUCAGUCUCCGCCGUUUGGCCACAGCUUUGCGGCGAGCCCCUCGUCCUUCAGCCCCCUCUCCAACCCGGCGUCGGCGCCGUCGCCCGGCGCGCCCACCUACGCCAGCAUCGGCACGCGCGCCACACCCUACGAGGGGGGCCAGGGAGGGGGUCCCGGCGGAGGGGGCUGGCCCCAGUGGCAGCACGGGGGCCAGGGGGGAGAAGGGCACACGCACCCCCCCGCAGGGCAGCCCGAGGUGUUCCAGGAGAUGCUGUCCAUGCUGGGAGACCCCACGCAGGGUGCUGGGAACUACAACAACGAGGACUUUGGAGACCUGGGAAUGUUCCCUCCCUUCUCCGAGUGACCUAAUGACCUGGGUCACCUCUCCCCCCCCCCUCUGCGUGACCAUGUGACCUGGGUUAUACUCCUCCCCGCCAUUGAGUUGUUCAUUGUGAAAACGCCCCAUUGAGUUGGUGACCUGAGCCAACGUGGUUCAUUGCUGAGAGGUGGAUUCGUGGAGCGGAGGGGUUCACGAGUUGAUGGAUCAUUCAUCGCUUGAGGAAUGAAUGCAUUGAUGGGUUCAUAGGCAGAGAGGGGUUAUGGGGUCACUGGCUUAGCGAGGUGAAGAGUUUCUAAGCAAGCGGAUGAUGAUGCCAAUGGAUUGAUGCGUUGGUGAGUGGUUUAGUUAAUGGGUAGUCGGCGGGUCAAUGAGUUGAUGGAUUAAUGAAUUGUGGGGUUAAUUAGUGGGUUCAGUAAUGAGUUGACGUGUUAAACGAUUGAAUUAAUACGUCGAUGGGUUAGCGAGGCCGUGUGUGAUGAGUUGAUGGGUUAGCAAGGCCGUGUGUGAUGAGUUGAUGGGUUAGCGAGGCCGUGUGUGAUGAGUCUAUGGGUUAGCAAGGCCGUGUGUAAUGAGUCGGUGGGUUAACGAGGCCGUGUGUAAUGAGUCGGUGGGUUAGCGAGGCCGUGUGUGAUGAGUCUAUGGGUUAUCAAGGCCGUGUGUGAUGAGUUGAUGGGUUAGCGAGGCCGUGUGUGAUGAGUUGAUGGGUUAGCGAGGCCGUGUGUGAUGAGUCUAUGGGUUAGCAAGGCCGUGUGUAAUGAGUCGGUGGGUUAACGAGGCCGUGUGUGAUGAGUAUGGGUUAGCAAGGCCGUGUGUGAUGAGCCUAUGGGAUAGCAAGGCCGUGUGUAAUGAGUCGGGUUAGCAAGGCCGUGUGUGAUGAGUCUAUGGGUUAGCAAGGCCGUGUGUAAUGAGUCGGUGGGUUAGCGAGGCCGUGUGUGAUGAGUCUAUGGGUUAGCAAGGCCGUGUGUAAUGAGUCGGUGGGUUAGCGAGGCCGUGUGUAAUGAGUCGGUGGGUUAGCGAGGCCGUGUGUGAUGAGUCUAUGGGUUAGCAAGGCCGUCUGUAAUGAGUCGGUGGGUUAGCGAGGCCGUGUGUGAUGAGUCGAUGGGUUAGCGAGGCCGUGUGUAAUGAGUCGGUGGGUUAGCAAGGCCGUGUGUAAUGAGUCGGUGGGUUAACGAGGCCGUGUGUAAUGAGUCGAUGGGUUAACGAGGCCGUGUGUAAUGAGUCGAUGGGUUAGCAAGGCCGUGUGUAAUGAGUCGGUGGGUUAGCAAGGCCGUGUGUAAUGAGUCGGUGGGUUAGCGAGGCCGUGUGUGAUGAGUCUAUGGGUUAGCAAGGCCGUGUGGAAUGAGUCGAUGGGUUAGCAAGGCCGUGUGUAAUGAGUCGGUGGGUUAGCGAGGCCGUGUGUGAUCAGUCGGUGGGUUAACGAGGCCGUGUGUAAUGAGUCGAUGGGUUAGCAAGGCCGUGUGUAAUGAGUCGGUGGGUUAGCGAGGCCGUGUGUGAUGAGCCUAUGGGUUAGCGAGGCCGUGUGUAAUGAGUCGAUGAGUUAGCAAGGCCGUGUGUAAUGAGUCGGUGGGUUAACGAGGCCGUGUGUAAUGAGUCGAUGGGUUAGCGAGGCCGUGUGUAAUGAGUCGAUGAGUUAGCGAGGCCGUGUGUAAUGAGUCGGUGGGUUAACGAGGCCGUGUGUGAUGAGUCGAUGGGUUAACAAGGCCGUGUGUGAUGAGUCGAUGGGUUAACGAGGCCGUGUGUAAUGAGUCGGUGGGUUAGCGAGGCCGUGUGUAAUGAGUCGAUGGGUUAGCGAGGCCGUGUGUGAUGAGUUGAUGGGUUAGCGAGGCCGUGUGUAAUGAGUCGAUGGGUUAGCGAGGCCGUGUGUAACGAGUCGAUGGGUUAGCGAGGCCGUGUGUGAUGAGUCGAUGGGUUAACGAGGCCGUGUGUGAUGAGUCGGUGGGUUAGCGAGGCCGUGUGUGAUGAGUUGGUGGGUUAACGAGGCCGUGUGUGAUGAGUCGGUGGGUUAGCGAGGCCGUGUGUAAUGAGUCGGUGGGUUAGCGAGGCCGUGUGUAAUGAGUCGGUGGGUUAGCGAGGCCGUGUGUGAUGAGUCGAUGGGUUAACGAGGCCGUGUGUGAUGAGUCGAUGGGUUAACGAGGCCGUAUGUAAUGAGUCGGUGGGUUAGCGAGGCCAUGUGUGAUGAGUCGGUGGGUUAGCGAGGCCGUGUGUGAUGAGUCGAUGGGUUAACGAGGCCGUAUGUAAUGAGUCGGUGGGUUAGCGAGGCCGUGUGCAAUGAGUCGGUGGGUUAGCGAGGCCGUAUGUAAUGAGUCGGUGGGUUAGCGAGGCUGUGUGUGAUGAGUUGAUGGGUUAGCGAGGCCGUGUGUGAUGAGUUGAUGGGUUAGCGAGGCCGUGUGUGAUGAGUCGGUGGGUUAGCGAGGCCGUAUGUAACGAGUCGGUGGGUUAGCGAGGCCGUGUGUGAUGAGUCGAUGGGUUAGCGAGGCCGUGUGUGAUGAGUCGGUGGGUUAGCGAGGCCGUGUGUAAUGAGUCGAUGGGUUAGCGAGGCCGUGUGUGAUGAGUCGAUGGGUUAGCAAGGCCGUGUGUGAUGAGUCGGUGGGUUAGCGAGGCCGUGUGUGAUGAGUCGGUGGGUUAGCGAGGCCGUGUGUGAUGAGUUGAUGGGUUAGCAAGGCCGUGUGUAACGAGUCGGUGGGUUAGCGAGGCCGUGUGUAACGAGUCGGUGGGUUAGCGAGGCCGUGUGUGAUGAGUCGAUGGGUUAGCGAGGCCGUGUGUAACGAGUCGGUGGGUUAGCGAGGCCGUGUGUAAUGAGUCGAUGGGUUAGCGAGGCCGUGUGUGAUGAGUCGAUGGGUUAGCGAGGCCGUGUGUGAUGAGUCGGUGGGUUAGCGAGGCCGUGUGUGAUGAGUCGAUGGGUUAGCGAGGCCGUGUGUGAUGAGUCGGUGGGUUAGCGAGGCCAUGUGUAAUGAGUCGGUGGGUUAGCGAGGCCGUGUGUAAUGAGUCGGUGGGUUAGCGAGGCCGUGUGUGAUGAGUCGGUAGGUUAGCGAGGCCGUGUGUAAUGAGUUGAUGGGUUAGCAAGGCCGUGUGUAAUGAGUCGGUGGGUUAACGAGGCCGUGUGUAAUGAGUCGGUAGGUUAGCGAGGCCGUGUGUAAUGAGUUGAUGGGUUAGCGAGGCCGUGUGUAAUGAGUCGGUGGGUUAGCGAGGCCGUGUGUGAUGAUUAGAUGGGUUAGCGAGGCCGUGUGUGAUGAGUCGAUGGGUUAGCGAGGCCGUGUGUGAUGAGUCGGUGGGUUAGCGAGGCCGUGUGUGAUGAGUCGAUGGGUUAGCGAGGCCGUGUGUGAUGAGUCGGUGGGUUAGCGAGGCUGUGUGUGAUGAGUCGAUGGGUUAGCGAGGCCGUGUGUAAUGAGUCGAUGGGUUAGCGAGGCUGUGUGUGAUGAGUCGGUGGGUUAGCGAGGCCGUGUGUGAUGAGUCGAUGGGUUAGCGAGGCCGUGUGUAAUGAGUUGAUGGGUUAGCGAGGCCGUGUGUGAUGAGUCGGUGGGUUAGCGAGGCCGUAUGUAACGAGUCGGUGGGUUAGCGAGGCCGUGUGUGAUGAGUCGAUGGGUUAGCGAGGCCGUGUGUGAUGAGUCGGUGGGUUAGCGAGGCCGUGUGUAAUGAGUCUAUGGGUUAGCAAGGCCGUGUGUGAUGAGUCGGUGGGUUAGCGAGGCCGUGUGUGAUGAGUCGGUGGGUUAGCGAGGCCGUGUGUGAUGAGUUGAUGGGUUAGCAAGGCCGUGUGUAACGAGUCGGUGGGUUAGCGAGGCCGUGUGUAACGAGUCGGUGGGUUAGCGAGGCCGUGUGUGAUGAGUCGAUGGGUUAGCGAGGCCGUGUGUAACGAGUCGGUGGGUUAGCGAGGCCGUGUGUAAUGAGUCGAUGGGUUAGCGAGGCCGUGUGUGAUGAGUCGAUGGGUUAGCGAGGCCGUGUGUGAUGAGUCGAUGGGUUAGCGAGGCCGUGUGUGAUGAGUCGGUGGGUUAGCGAGGCCAUGUGUAAUGAGUCGGUGGGUUAGCGAGGCCGUGUGUAAUGAGUCGGUAGGUUAGCGAGGCCGUGUGUGAUGAGUCGGUAGGUUAGCGAGGCCGUGUGUAAUGAGUUGAUGGGUUAGCAAGGCCGUGUGUAAUGAGUCGGUGGGUUAACGAGGCCGUGUGUAAUGAGUCGGUAGGUUAGCGAGGCCGUGUGUAAUGAGUUGAUGGGUUAGCGAGGCCGUGUGUAAUGAGUCGGUGGGUUAGCGAGGCCGUGUGUGAUGAUUAGAUGGGUUAGCGAGGCCGUGUGUGAUGAGUCAAUGGGUUAGCGAGGCCGUGUGUGAUGAGUCGGUGGGUUAGCGAGGCCGUGUGUGAUGAGUCGAUGGGUUAGCGAGGCCGUGUGUGAUGAGUCGGUGGGUUAGCGAGGCCGUGUGUAAUGAGUCGAUGGGUUAGCGAGGCUGUGUGUGAUGAGUCGGUGGGUUAGCGAGGCCGUGUGUGAUGAGUUGAUGGGUUAGCGAGGCCGUGUGUAAUGAGUCGGUGGAUUAGCGAGGCCGUGUGUAAUGAGUCGAUGGGUUAGCGAGGCCGUGUGUGAUGAGUCGGUGGGUUAACGAGGCCGUGUGUGAUGAGUUGAUGGGUUAGCGAGGCCGUGUGUGAUGAGUCGGUGGGUUAGCGAGGCCGUGUGUGAUGAGUCGGUGGGUUAGCGAGGCCGUGUGUGAUGAGUCGAUGGGUUAGCGAGGCCGUGUGUGAUGAGUCGAUGGGUUAACGAGGCCGUGUGUAAUGAGUUGAUGGGUUAGCGAGGCCGUGUGUGAUGAGUCGGUGGGUUAGCGAGGCCGUGUGUGAUGAGUUGAUGGGUUAGCGAGGCCGUGUGUGAUGAGUCGAUGGGUUAAUGAGGCCGUGUGUAAUGAGUCGGUGGGUUAGCGAGGCCGUGUGUGAUGAGUUGAUGGGUUAGCGAGGCCGUGUGUGAUGAGUUGAUGGGUUAACGAGGCCGUGUGUGAUGAGUUAAUGGGUUAUCGAGGCCGUGUGUGAUGAGUUGAUGGGUUAGCGAGGCCGUGUGUGAUGAGUUGAUGGGUUAACGAGGCCGUGUGUGAUGAGUUGAUGGGUUAGCGAGGCCGUGUGUGAUGAGUUGAUGGGUUAACGAGGCCGUGUGUAAUGAGUCGGUGGGUUAGCGAGGCCGUGUGUGAUGAGUUGAUGGGUUAGCGAGGCCGUGUGUGAUGAGUUGAUGGGUUAACGAGGCCGUGUGUGAUGAGUUAAUGGGUUAUCGAGGCCGUGUGUGAUGAGUUGAUGGGUUAGCGAGGCCGUGUGUGAUGAGUUGAUGGGUUAACGAGGCCGUGUGUGAUGAGUUGAUGGGUUAGCGAGGCCGUGUGUGAUGAGUUGAUGGGUUAACGAGGCCGUGUGUGAUGAGUUGAUGGGUUAACGAGGCCGUGUGUGAUGAGUCGGUGGGUUAGCGAGGCCGUGUGUGAUGAGUCGGUGGGUUAACGAGGCCGUGUGUGAUGAGUCGGUGGGUUAGCCCGUUAAUGAGGAUGCAGUUUAAAAUAUCAGUGGGUCAAGGUAGGCGCUGCAUAUUGGGUUGGUGAGUUAGCUAACGAUAAGUUAACGGGUUAGAGGGUUAACGAGUUGAAGGGUUAACGAGUUAGAGGGUUAACGUGUUGAAGGGUUAACGAGUUAGAGGGUUACCGAGCCGGUGAGUGAACGGGACUGGUGAGUGAACGAGCUGGCGGGUAAAUUAAUGAAGCUAUUAACUUUGUCUCCGUUCCGCACCACCCCCCCCCCCCCAUUCGUGCUGUGGUGGAGGGAGGGGGGGGGUAGCGGGUGGGGGCCGCGUGCCAAACGUCGUCUCUCUGUGCGUCUCGUGACCGUGAUUAACUCCGCUGCGCAGUCGUCAUAAUUAUUGUUGUUGAUGUUAUUGAUGAUGUUGUUGUUAUUGACGUUGUUGCUGUAAUGAUCGUCGUCGUUGUUAAAGUCGCCACGCGUUGGUUGUGUAAGUGCGCGCUGCGUGGCCAUCGCCGCCGCAACAACAAGAAGAAUCACCACGAGGAGCUGCUCGCCACCGAUCGCCGCUGGUCGCGAACGUCGCCGAUGUAUCCGGGAAAGCGGCAGCCGAGUCCAGCGACUCGCUGUGCGGGAGGAGGGUCCUCGCCGCUGCGUUGAGGUUUGUUUUUAAUCCUCAAGAUGUUCUCAGCCAAUUCAUGAUGAGUCGCGUUUGUUUGUUAUUCACGUUGGGGGGAGGGGGGUGGAAGCGGAGCAGCCGGAGAAAACCCACGCCUUGGUCGAGGGGGCAACGCUCUAUCCCCGUACAGAUGGAAACGGAUGGAGGUUCGUCCGCAAUUUUCUGUACCGCGUUCUCGUAGCAAACCAGGGCAUGGCACCUCCUCGGCGCCCAAUGGGAAGGGAGUUUCACACCAUCCCUGUGCGAUCCUCCAAUCCUCCUUGCUGCUGCCUCCGCAGCGCUGGAUGACAGCAGUCGUCACGUGCCGCACAGCAGUCAGUCACGUGCCGCGCAGUCAGUCACGUGCCGCACAGCCACCACCGCUGUCCGGGAAAACGAACAGCAGUCCUGCCUCUAACCCACUCAUCACCCAGCCACGACUACUAACCCUAACUCGCCAGCCAAUCAGACACUAAUACAACCCUAACUAUCCAGCCAAUCAGACACUAAUACAACCCUAACUCGUGGGCAAACUUGACCCGGUCGCUUGCUUGUCCACUCACCCACCAAGCCAGCCAGACAAUGCUGCUCGUAUCCCUGCCCAGGGUUCACAUUCCUCACGCAAGACUCUCCGGCUCGAGUCGACUUGCCUCGAGGGGGUGGCACGCGGCAAGCAGUCGUCGUGGUCGCCUCAGCCGUAGCGAGAAGGAUACUCGACGUGGUGUGCCGGAUGCGGAAAUAUUCCCCCCACCCCUCCCCACCCUCCGGUGUUGGCGCGCGGUGGCCGCGUGGCGCGCGCGUGGUGCAGGUGUGGUCACGUGGUGGCGUCUUGAGUAAAAGGUGCGCGCGCGCCCACGUGGUG